AUGGAGAGCAACAUGAAGCAGGUUGUGGUUGAAGAGCCACUGGACGCGGAGAUGCGCUGCUGCAAGCCCGGCUGCUGCCGCGUGCCCAGCUGCAUCGCCUGCUGCCCCAAGUGCGCGCGGUGCUGCUGCCGCGGCUGCGGCGGCUGCGGCUGCCGCGGCUGCGGCUGCCUCAAGAGCUGCCUCUGCUUCGUGCCUCGCCUGCUCUGCUACCUGCCCCGCAAGCUCCUCAGCUGCCACCACCUCAAGUGCCUGCUCAUCGUGGUGGUGGUGGUGGUCCUGCUGGUGGUCAUCAUCGCGGGCGCCCUGCUGAUGUGGCUGCACGCGGCGCAGCAGCGCGCCGGCGCCGUCCUGCGGGUGACCGCGGCGGGGCUGGAGGCAGGGGAGCCCUGGCGGCGGCUCCCCGCCGGCUGCGAAGAGGAGGCUGCGACUUUCUACGUAGACGGAGGAGCCGGAAGCCCGGCCACCGUCGUCUACGACUACAAGAACCUGCUGAUCAGCUACAGGUCCGGGCUGCAGCAAGCCUGCUACGUCACCCGCCUGCACGAGGACAACGUCCAGGGGCUGGACGCCGUCGCCGCGGCCUUCCGGCGUCGGCAGGCUGAGGAGCGGCUCCCCGCGGCCCUGGCCGACCGCUCCCUCCUGGGCACCACCGCCAGCAUCCUCUGCAGCGUCGUCCCCAUCUACUGGGCCUAGCCCGGCGGGGGCUCCGGGCAGGGCCUGGGGUCUUGCCCGGGUGUCCCGGGCUCCUGGCACCCUCUGGAGCAUCGCUCAGCCCCGGCCCCAGCCCCCGGGACGUGGCAGAGGGACCAACCGGAGCCACCUGCUCUCGCCAGCCCCGGCACUGCCGGAGCCAAAGC